GAUGGCGACGUGACCGGUUAGGAAGGGUUGUUUGGUGUUUGGCUGAGGAGUCGGCGUUAAAAACGUUGUUUUUCCCGAGUUCCUCCCGACCAAAUCCCGCUUUCUCGGACGCGGCUUUUCCUUGGAAGACGUCCUCUCGCGGAAUCUUCAAGAGAUCUGGACGUUGGAUGAAUAUUUGGCGAGUUUUGAUCAGAUUGGGACUUGUUAGUCGACACGACCAGCACGACACCCCAGGACUCACAACACCACCAUCCAGGAAACUCGCGUGAAGUGCUCAUAAAGCGACUAUUUGAGAAUCGGCAAGAUUUGUCAUAGCUGAGAAUGGAUGGAGACCAGCCUUUAGACCUGUCCAAGGGUUCGCCCAGUAAGUCAGGCACUCAGCAGACAUCUGCAGCGGCCAGCCAAGCGAGGCCCCCACGCCCUGCAGCGUAUACACAGCCACAGGUUCCCCAUCCCCGUGAUAAGCAGUAUGGCUCCCAGCCCGCCGGCCACAUGUAUGGAAUGGAGCGGGUCGCACACAGACUGCCUGCCAACACCAGACCCAUCGGCCCACAUCAACUUCUGCAUCACCACAGCCAGCAGCAAGGUGGGACUCCCGUGGGGUUUGCUGUCCCAGACAGAAGAACCAUGGGGAUGCCGGGAGUGGAUACGAAGGCAGGAGGACCCGCCAAUACACACCCUCCGUUGUACAGCAGCAGUGCCAUGGGCCGGGCUGGCCAGGCUGUGGAGAUACUGGACAGCCGGCAGCCCUACCACGCCCCCAUGCCCAUGCGACCCGCCCGCUCUCCUGCGGCCCCACACACGGGAACAGACAGAGCACACAGUAGCCAGGCCCAGGUCAGAAUGCCUGUGGACAGUAGGUUGAUGAUGGGUGCUGCUGAAUCCUCUGUUCGAGGAAUGAACCCUGCCAGCCACAGUAGUGCCACCCUGAUGCCCAUCGCCGCUCCUGUCACAGAUCCCACAGGAGCCAGAAUACCAAGGAAAGGGAACAUGCCGUCAUCACAAAGCCCGAACAGAAUGGUGGCCUACAGUGCGGACUUACAGCGGGUCCAGUUGUCUGUUUCUGCUCAGCCCGUUCCUGCGAACCCUCCGGAGUUUGUCACCUUGAGACAGUGCCUGGUGGAAAACAGGCGGUUAGAAGGUUCGGAGUUGGUGAACUCGCAGAGAACUUCAAAGGUGGCGUCUGAGAUGACUCCCCACAGCCCGAGGGUUGCAGUGUCUGAUCAGGGUGACAGACACCAGAGUACGUCAGCCACAACUACGGUGUACUCAACACAGCCCACACAGCAUUAUCCUCCUGAUGUCAUCAACAGGUUAAAUAGAGGAAUGACACAUCCUGCCCUUGUAGCAGUGCAGAGACAACCCAAUUUUCAUCCCUCUAUGGCCAUGCAGCAUGGGCCUAGGUUGUCCUCACCACCUCCCCUCAUCCAUGCACCUAGAAGUGGCACUUCCGGUGGGCAGAAGGAUGACGGGGCUAAGUCCUCCUUAUCCAGUGACUCUGAUCCGAAAAGGAAAGCGAGGGAAAUCCCUCCACAAGCCACAGCAGAAUACCUGCGGGCUGCUCAGUUGGUGCCUGGUGACUACCCACCGCCACCACCGUAUGUCCAACACAGACAGGCCCAUCACUACCAGGGCUUACAGAACUCCAGCGAGGCUGUGUACAAAGACAGGGCACUGCCGCAGUACACAACAGCACGCCAGCAGCAAGACUAUAAGGGGUAUGGCAUACAGGGUGUAGCGAUGCCACCACGGGUGAGCACUUCAGAGGCAGCGUCCAUCCCUGUCCAGCAGUACUUCAUGCCCGCUGCCCACCUAUCCCCCAGAGGUGCGAUGGCACACAGACAGGCAAACGGUGACAUAGACAUGAGACGGGUGCAGCAGGGGGAUCUCAGACCCUCCACUGUCGCACACCCGCCGCCUCUCAUCAGCGUGGCUGGCAGUGUCACAAAUCCCAGCUUCACCCAGAGAGGAGGGACUCUUACUGUGUCGGCGCAGAGCAACAGGGGAAUCCCGGCGACGUCUGUGCAGGCAAAUGCCUCGGGUUACAUGCCACAGCAGAGGGACAACGGGGUGACGCUAGUGGCACAGAUCGUAGAGAAGCAGCUACUGGCUGAUGAUGGGCGCCAGGCGGGAUGUGCGGUACCACCUGCCUGGAGAUUCAAGCACAGGCGAGACCCUGUCUACCAGCAGGUGAACGGAAUCCCGUCGGCCUCAAAGGCUCCUGAAACUUCCAAGACAACCAUUCCAGAUGUAAUAGUAAUAGAAGAUGACUCCCCACCAAGCUCUGUGAAGACUGACAGUGAACCUCAGCCCACCAGCACUGCCAACGACAGAGAACAAACCGUCAGCGAAGGGUUUGUAGGGAAGAGAAAGGCAGAUCCUUCUGUAAAUCCAGUCCCCAAAGUAAUGAAGGGGACUUUGGGUGAAAAAGUUGUACCUGCCAUGCAAGUACAACAACCCCCUCCUGCGCAUAACGUUCCCCAAACUGCCAGUGCUGGCUCAUUUUUGUUUGAAAGUGCAGUCGCCCUCACGCUACAAGCGGAUACACAAAAGACCCUCGAGAAGCAAAUAGCACAGCAGAUGGGGAAGGACAAGCAUAGCUCAUCAGUGUCACAGAUGAACAGUUCAGACCAAACACGGAACAUCUUUAGUGUGUUUACAUCAUCUCCUUCUGUCACAACCCAGUCUUCUACUCAGAGCAAAGCAGAUUACAGUGAGUCCGAGCAGCCUCUUGCUCUCACAGUAAAGCCAUCUUCUACUACUACUACAUCAAACUACAAGAAGAAAAGGUGGAACAUUAAUGCCUUGAAACAGAAGUCAGAAAGUGGGGCAGAAAAUUCCAGUCAAGGAGGACAUACAAGUGAACUCACGAAGGGUGCAAAUGUGGUCAAAACGGCAGGAGUUGACGGUGGCUCACUGUCUACAGUUCAGUCAACAAGCAAGCUAGAUCUGCCGAGUUCCCAGUCAUCACAAAGGCAAUUAACCAAGAGUCCUGAGGUACCUCUGAAGCCAAUCAAGCCCAAACAGCAGUGGGCACAUUCCAGGAAGCUGAAAGAGGUGGAGGCCCUGCAGAAGGAUGCCGAGUGGCAGGCAGGGCCCAGCGAGAGGAGCAGCGUUCGUCAGUCCAAGUCAUUAGCCACGGCUAUCAUCAAAAGUGUGAUUGAGGACGAGGAGAUCACUUCUGGAAAGUACAAGUCUUCUGAUCCCAAGACGCCAAAGCUUCCCAAGAAGCCAAAACCAAAACUAGAAUCAGUAGAAAAGAAGCCUCCAAAGCCAAAGGAGCCGCAGCCAUCAACUUCUAAAGUAAAAGAGGAUGAAUUUAGUGAUUUUGACGAUGAUUUGGAUGAUGAUGACGAUUUAGAUGAUGACUUAGAGGACUUGAGGAGGGGGAAGAUUUCAGAAAUCGUACCUGAUGUGGAUGACAUUGAAGGGAUGCUGUUCAUGUCAUUUUGUUCCAAAGAUGCUCUUCAUGCCCACGUGGCAGUGGAGGAGAAGACAAGGCAAGAGAUGGGAGACAAGGGCCGAGAGUUCCUCAUGGACAUUACUAAGUUCAAAACUCUGAAUCUACCUCCAAAGACCAAGCGGAAGUUGAAAGAGAUUGGCCAGGCAGAGUUGUUCAGACACAAGGGGAAACAUGGCAUGAGGGGAAUUCACAACAGGAUUAGGAAGUAUGAAAGGAUGCUUAAACUGGAGCUGAAGGCCCUGAAGACUGGCAAACCGCAGCAAGAUAUAGCAGCAAUAGAAACACUGGAACAAGGUGAACUUAUCCCUCUUGAGGAAAAAUCUCCCGGAGUAAGUACCGGUAAAGUCAAGACUCCAGGGAGUGGCAAGAAGAUUAAGAAAUCAACAACUCCUGGGAAUAAGACUGGCACUCCCGGUAAGAUCAAAAAGAAGAAGGCCCAGGGAGAUGGAAAGGAAAAAACACCAGGCACAAAAUCAGGCAAGAAGGCAAAGAAACUAAUCAAUGUUUCAGAUAAAGAGUUGGAUGACGGUACUAGUGUGGUGCCCGCAAUUGUUAUAAAGCAGGAAGUAAUGGAUAGUCCUACUGAUGAGGCAAUGACAAUGCCAAUGACAGAAGUGCUACCACAGAGCAGCAGUGGGCCAGUUACAGAAUCACCCAAGUCAACAGAGAAAACUCCUGAAAAGUUUCUCUCCAAAAAAGGCAAGACGACAGAUCCAACCAAAAUUAAGGGUUACAAGAAAAAGAAGAAGCAGAAAGCCCUUUCAGGGGAGGACAUUGAGCUCUUGGAAAACACUCCCUUUGAGAAGCUGCACUGGAAGACUCAAGAACGGCUCCUGUGCUGCAUGACUGAAGAGCAGAUAAAGGAAAGGGGGUUGCAAGCACAGGUGCUAAGAAUGAAAGAAAGGAAGACCGAAGGGUUCAUUCCAAAGAAGCUUAGAACAAAGAAACGGAUGAAAGAACUGGAGCAAAGCCGAAAUCUUGAAGCCAGUACUAGUGGCUUACCCAUGUCAGUAGAAGAUGGGGAGGAAGAACAGGAAAUUCUUGAUGAUGACAGCACCGACAUUUACAACUUUUAUGGUGACGGUGAUGAUGAUGAUGACCUUGAAAAGCCUGAGGAAAUAGAACAGAUGGCAGACGAGCUGCCCUCCCCCUCUGCGGUUGAGAAUGUCACCAAGAUGGGACCAGAACUGAUUGGUCCCGCAAGAGAAGAGGCGGGGUGUAAGAAGUCAGCAUUCGUCAGUGAUGAGUUGGAAAAGUACCUUGCAACAGAGGGAGAGACGUUCAGCAGCAAGUGCAGCAAAGUGACCUUCACUCACCCCCUGAUGCACAACAAGGCAGAAAAUGUCGCGUUCCAGACUCCCUCCAAGCAAGGGUCAGGUUUUGUCAAGAGUUUGGACAGUGUGGUACAGAAAGCAAAUUUCAUCAAAGGGACGGGGCAGAAGGCUAAGUCCCCGCUCCAGCAUGGCACCCAGAUCAGGAUCGUCAACAGCAAGAUGGUUAACAGGAAGCCGGCUCUCCUGUCCAAAUCACUGAAGCCCGUGCCAAAGAAAACAAGCAACACGGGAGCAAAGUCAGCCCUGUCCAAGUUGAAAGCGUCUCUGAUGAAGUCUCACCCAACAGCCCGAAGGGCCAGCACUACCACAGCCACCAGCGGUGACGUGACAGUGGUUAGUCCUACCCAGGCUGCCAGCGCGGCUUCAGCAUUAGACGAGUCAUUCGAGAUGGGUCAAUCUCCCACCGACUAUAGCCAGAAUGGGGCGUCAAUACCAAGGAAACCUAAAGUACUGAAAACUGUGAAAGAGCCUGUGUACCAGUUGUCUUCCCCUCGGAGAGAAGAAGAGUUCCAGGAGAAACCACCCUGCAAUAACAACUUCUGUAGACUUGGUUGUGUGUGUGACAGCAUUAAAGACACAGGGGAUGUUAGCUCCGAGAAGGAGCACUGUGGAAAGGUUGACUGUAUGUUCGGCUGUGUCUGUACUGAUGAGGAGAAAGCUGAGAGCAGAAGGAGACCGCGUAGGCCGUCUGAAUCUUCCAUGAUGUACUUUGACUCACCCGAGCAGGAAGACAGCCCUACGGCUACAAAACUGUUAGCAGCAGACGUCCUUGGCAGUCAGGAAGGAACAAAGGGGAAAAGUCUGAAAGGCAAAAGGACUCCCGGUAAAAAGAAAAAUGGAGGACAACAGAAAUCAAAGGAAUCUGCAAGUGAACAAUCUGACAGUGCCGGCACUUCAACCAGCACAGAUGGGAAGGAGAAGAAAAGGAAAGCCAGUGCCAAAGGCCAGAACAUGCAACCAAAGAAGAAAAGGAUGGUAAAAAGGAAGGCAAAGUCAGAGUCUCUGGAAGGGGCCUCACCGUCACAGUCUAAAUCCUCCUCUAAAGUCAUGAGGAAGGAGUCUGAGGACGGCAUUAAAGAGCAGGACAUGUCAGAGGAGGGUUUUUUAGAGGACAGAUUCAUGGAUGAGGAUGAAGAGGAUGCCUUGUUCAUAGAUGACAUGGGGCUGGAUGAGAUGGAUGAUGAUGAAAGGGAGGAUGAGGAUGGAGACGACGGCAUGACGUGCGCUCGGACGAGACUCUAUCGCAGCAAAGUCUGCCAGAGGAAGUGCAUGUGUAAGCAGCACGGGAGCUCCCCGGAGGACGAGCGAUGCGAGGCCGAGAAGGAGUGGAGCAAAAUCCGGGCGGAGAUCGAGAGACGGAAGGCCAAGGAGCAGAAACCCGGGACAGCCGGCUCCGUCACGGUCAUGCCCAACAGGAAGGUGCAGCCGUACCGAGAGUUCGUGUAUGUGGGACCUCGCCCGCCCCCACCCGACUUGAGCCCGACGGCACGCUUGCCGCGAAUCGCGCCCGCUCCCCCUCCCGCUCCGCCACCCCCUGCGGUCCCACCCACGUCAGCAACACCAGCUGCUGCUGCGGCAGGGGCUAAGUCUACCUCCGGGGGAAAGCUGAUCGAGAUCAUCUCUGACUGCAACUGGGAGAGUGCCAAGGCGAACAUCCUGCAGACCAUAGCGCAGCACAGUCAGAGGAACGAUGGGCCAAGGGUCAUGAGAGUGGGCAAUUUUCUCAUCGAGAUCAUGCAGCCCAACCCCCAGGGAAAAAUCCCCAUCCCGGCCGUGUCAGGUGCCGGCCCGCCUGCCGGAAUGAGAUUUCCCGUACCUACAGCUGUAGCCGUGAGUCCACACUCACAGGGACCGGCACGGAUCCUCCCUUCAUCCUCGAUACCCACAGCCAUCGCCCAGUCAGGACUCCCCACUGGUAUUCAAGUUUCAGCAGUGCCCUCUGUCUCCGGUACUGGAACUGCAGCAGCUGAUGCUCUGCCCCAGGCCUCCACGACUGCGAUAGUAGGCAAGGUUGCGCUGGUGCAGGGUGCCACCGCAGACUCCACUCCCGAUUCCCUUCCCACUUCUGAAACUUCCAGUAAGAGUCCCAUCCUUCAGCCUAUCCCCAGAGGUUUGACAUCUCCUGUACUACAAAACUGCACUGUCCAACCAACUCAGGAUGGGAAGGAAAUACUGUCACCAUCGGGAGAGAAGUCAACAGAAGAGACCAUGAACCUACAGGAACCACCAUCACUCAAGAGGCAGCCGUCCGUCAGUUCCUCGUCCUCUUGCAAACCAUCAUCAGAGGCAGAAGAGCACCCUCUAGCAGCUCUGAGAAGCCUUGCAGACUCUCCCUUCGGCACAGCCUCCACCACUGUUACUGUGACAUCCUCACCCAUGGGCAGCGCUGCCACUUCCCAAACCUGUCACUCCUCCUUCUCUACAACUUCACCAAAGUGUUCCAUCAUCGAAAAUCCCAGGUAUCGGUCGAGAAACGAUUCAGGGGAUGCCACUGCCAAUGAUGCUUCAGAUCCAUCCAGUGAGCAGGCCAAGGCAGCCAACUGCAGUAGUCAUGACAACAUGACCGAAGUGUCCCCUUGUAAAGAUCCAUCAAGCUUGCCUGAACUGGUCCCCAGACCUCAGACACCCCCUGCUCCUCCCGAGAAGAGAUACUCCCCUUCUAUGCCAGUGCUAGAACCAAUAACUCCCCCUAGACCAAUGCGUGACGGAGGUAAAAGCAAACUGAGCUGCCUCGAGGUAGAUGCUGUUGCACCACACAAGCCAUUUGUGAGAGAACCCACUACAAGCUCAGACUCGCUGAAAGAAAUCCAGGAUGGAGUACAACGUGUGAACAUCAUACCAAGCCUACAGAAGGCAGAUUCCUUACUAGAACACCCUGCAUCACAGGCUAGUGAAGAUACUCAGGAGCAGUGUACAGAAAUAACCAGCACGUCUAACCAGGGUGAAGGGUUCGUUGAGGAAGAUUUAGAAAACAAUAAUGACCUUGACUGGGACACCAAUCAAGCAAUGUCUCUUGACAAUGACGAAGCUGAGCAGUCCCAAAUCUCCGAAGAUGCAGCAAAGGAUCCUAAAGUAAGCAUUGUAACACCAACAGAAGAAGUUACACAGCCAAAUUUGAAGAACUUGCCUGAUCAGAAACUUGUAGAAAGCAGUGAGCAACAGGAUGAAACAGGCAGUCUGGGUUUUGAUAGCCACUUGCCUUCACACCACGAGGGACCUGAUGACACUGCAGGUUUGAGUCAUCCUUCCACAAGUGGAGAAGUAACCAGUCUGGAGGACCUGGAGAUUGACAUAGAGUCCCUGGAGGACACAGAGGGUAGCCAGGCAGACUUCCUGAUCUCCAUUGGAAACAACGACUACAGCAUGCCCAUAAACCCCAAGUGCACCCUCCACAACCUGUCUGUGAAGAAGAAAAGGAAGUCUCCUCUCAAGGAGAAGGAAGUAAAAGCGGAUGAGGUGCAGUUCCAUGAGGGUGCACUCCCCCCAGAGCCUGAUGAAGAUGAGGAAGCCUUGCAGAGGGAGGGACCGAUGAGACUCAUCCACAAAGCCAACGAGAGACGGCGGCGCUCGGAAAUGAAGGACCUGUUCGACAAGAUGAAGUCAGUUCUGGGAUACGAUGAGGAGUACAAGAUGUCCAAAUAUGCGGUCUUGAAGGAGACAGUGGAGGAGAUUGGGAACCUGCUGGAGGAGGAGCAUGACCUGUUGGUACAGAAACACCAGGAGAGACAAAUGUUUCAGGAGCUGGCUGAGAAGAUGGCCAAAAUAACAGGCCAAGAGAUGGAUGACAUCCUGAAGACCUACUGGACUGCCAGCUCCUCCAUCUGGCAGGAUGCUAAGGAGCUCCCCCCUCCUGUGGUCAGGCCCAAGCCUCCUCCACCAGCACCUAAACUGGAGUUCAUGCCCUCAUCCAAACCUGGGAGUGGGUCUGAGUCUGGGGACAGGCAGGACAGACCUUCUCGGCCAAGUUCAACAUCAAGCAGUUCUGGUUCCAGACCCGGUACUCCCACAGGAAGCCUCCAGAAGGGCAGGACAGACGCUCUUCGCACUCUCCGCAAAGUUUCCGCCAACGCUGCUCUCCAAGUCCAGUCUGGAAAAGUCAAGCCCUUCAAUGUAGCAAAGCCGCCGCAGUCUAACACAGCUCCUCAAGCUGCUGAGAGAAGCAAGCCCCUCAUCCUGAAGACAAAACCAAACGCAAAGAACAACAAAGUCGUCACCACCUCACCCGGCACACAACUGGUCACCAGUAACAUCAUGGCAGGUGGUCAGCCAGUCACCAUACCGGUGGCUACAGUCAUGCCACAGCUUGUACCAUCUGUGAAACCUACGGUGACUCCAGUAAUUAUCAGCGUGCAGUCCUUAGCGGUGAGCAGCAGCCAGACUUCUGUGUCAGCCCAAACGUCGAGUAGCUCAGCUCCCACCAGACCCAUGGCUGCAAGCACUCCAGUGCAGCCUGUAGUGCCAUGUAUGCAGGUGCCCCAAGGACCGCAGCUGUCCAGCCAACCUGGCGCCAUGGUGGGUGUGAUGCAGCCAGUAGCACAGGUACAGCCAAAUAAUACAGCUGUACAGCCAAACCAGCCUGAGUCUGGUGUUCCUUUGACUUCGCUGUCCAUGUGUCAACAAGGCCAGCCUAAUGUGACGUCCCAAAGCACAGUUUCCUCCUCCCUUCCUCAGACUGUCCCAAGCCGGCAGCUAGGCACUGUCCCCCCACAGCAAGGAUCAUUAGCUACUCCAUAUAAACCACCAGCUGUGAGCAACCAAAUCGCAGCUUCUGCUGGAAACCAGACUGGUGCAAAACACCCAAUCAUGAGUUCAGAGAUGGGAAAAGCGAUUACACACGGACCACCUGUAGGUGUGGUGUCAGCCUCCCAAACCGCGUCUCAGGGCUCCGGGUUUGGUUCCAUGAUGGCCACAUCAGCUGGAACGUUACAACCUAAAAGCCAACAAAACAUGCAGCCAAACAACCCUUUGCAAGGUGGGGGAAAUCCUGCUGGACAGAUAGUGACACUUGCCGGUAAACCCGGCCAGUUCCUGGUGACUCCAGUUUCAGGACCACAGGGCGCUCUCCUGCUCCAGCCUAUAGGGAGGCUUCCUGUCAGUCAUGGAGUGACUACCAGUAUGCAGAAUGCUGUCACGACUACAAGCCAGACUCCAGGACAGGGUUUUGCUGCUGGACAGAUGACCACCAGCUCUGUCCAGCUACAACAGGGCCAGCCGAUACCCCAUUCCCUGGUCCCUGUGUCGGGUGGCCAGCCCGUUCAGCUGAACUCGCCCCUGACCGCUGCACACAGCGGCGGCAUUCAGCUGGUGGCGCUACAGAGACUGCCGAUCAACCUGUCACAGCCCAACGUGUCGGUGAGCUCCCAGCCGGUGUACCUACAGGUCUCUCCGACCCUGAGUAACAUCCAGGCUGCGGGUAACCCUCUACAGACGACAGUGACCAGCCACACCAUGCAGCAGCUCUCCCCUCUGUCACCCACCGCCGUCAGACCCCUGCAGCUGAUGGCAUCUUCCGUUCCCCAGGCAACGGUAACCCAGGGCAACACAAACCUGACCCCGAGCCAGAUGCACCAACUCGGCAGCAGUUUUAUGAGAGGUCCUGCCCCUCAGAUGGCCCCAGUCAUGCAAACCAGUCAACAAGGGUCCGUAUCUCAAUUAAGACCUGUCCUCCCUACUCUCAGCACUCCCAACUCCCCUUUUCAACACAACCAAAGUUACAGCCAGUCUCAGGUGACGCCAGCUUUCCAACCUGAUGGCAGUGGCACUCCAAGUAGUCAUAGUCAAGUUCCCGGGCCCUCCCCGAAUUCUACCGGCCAGUACCUGCCCCAGACCGCCCCGUCCUCUGUGUCUUCCCCCGGGGUGGACAUCCUGUCUGCAGCCGUGUGUGAGGCUGGGCUGCAGUCGGACUUUGUUGGCCCGCAGCCGCCGACGGCGACACAACAGGCUGCCAGCGCACCCCCCUCUACAGAACUCUCCACGCUGUCGACUGUGAAUGUAGAGCUGCUGAUGCCUGCAGACCAGCCGGGUGACUCCUCCUCAUCUUCUGGACCAGGAACUUAUACUGAGUUGAAAGAAGUCACAAUCUUAAAGCUGACAAGGUUGGAUCCAGAAACAAUACACUGGUGGACACAAGGGAAAAGUAAGAAGACUGAUAGCAAUGCACCAGUUCCAGAAAGUCCAAGUAGAAACCUUAGAUCACAACAACAGAGGUAUGGUAAGGCAGAUGAACCAGGAACUUCUACUAACCCCAAAGCAAAAGUGCCUGCAGGUACGCUGUUGCAAAGUGCAGGGCAGGCACAGAAUCAAGGGACAAGCUCGACCGAUACAAUUAUAAAAGUGUGUAAGGUACAGGGCAACAGGAUUGUAGAGAUUGAAAGGAAGAUUCGAGCCACGCCAAGUACAUCCAAUUAUGCAGAAAGCCAAGGAAGCAGAUAUACCACAUCAAGCUCUCCAGUGGUUAAGCCUCAAAGCAAGAGAACAGCUAGAAAAAGCAUCAGAAAGAGCAGUACUCCUCCCCAUGGAUGUUCAUUGAGCGCUGCCACUUCAGGAGCAACAAAUAUUCCUGCGGAAACACCUCAAUCGGCAAAGAAAGUUUCUCCAGUACAAGUUAGGUCAGUCAACAAUUCGCCUAAACGCUUGAGUAGUACAAGGAUUCUUUUUCCAGGUUCGAAAACAGCAAAUGUUACUCCUCCUUCUCCAGAUAGAAAAAAGAUGAGGAAAAACACUUCAGAAGAAAAUCAGGCAUCAAAUGUUUCAGAUUCUUCAGGAAAAGCUGAAAGACGUAGCAUAUUAUGGGACAUGAUGCCCGAGGGCAGAUCGCUACGCUCUACACGGAUUCCAACUGAGAAAAUGGUAGCGUUUAAGUCGGACAUGGAGAGGAACAAGGUGAAAGUCACGGCCACAAAAGAUGGUAGCAAACAGCCAGCUUUGCAAUCAAGGUUCCACACACGGAGAACGACUGCUGUCACCGGCCGACCACCAACACCACCAAAGCAAGUUAGCUCAACCACUGAUGCAUCUUCUGCAAGGAGCUCCUCAUCGUUGAGCCAAUGUGAGGAACUGUCACCACCUGGAACUUCUAAACACAGUUCGGAAGGUACAUUGGAGCCUGGCAAGAAGACUGGCAGUGGAUCACCAGUGGCUGAAGAGAAGCAUGAUAACAUCUUCAGUAUGCUUGAAGAGUUGGAGAGGAAGGGAACAGUGGUUCAACCAAGUGAAGACCAUAAAGUCUCUCCAUUAGGAGGGGACAUCUCAAAUCCAACCAAGGACGUGAAAUCUUCAACAGAAAGUUCCCCUACCAUCUCACCCACAACAAGGUUCAAGAUCUCUGUGUUCAAACUCAAGUGUCCAACGACUGUUAGCCAACAGCAGGCAGGUCAAACUUUAUCCAUGUAUGGAAGAGCUAAAGCAACAGUUGUAUCAACAACCAUUCCUAGCAACUUUGUUUCCAGGAGUCUCACAUUUGAGCCAAAAGUUAGUGCAAGCUUACAGGAUACAAAUGAGUUAAGGGACAAACCAGCAUUGGCUGCUCAAGAUGCAGCAAAGACUGAGAAGAAGCCAGUACCUUCGGAUCAAAACAAAUCCAGAGGGCAAGGAACUGAUGGGGACUUACUAUGUGAAGAACAAAUGUGUGACUCUGAUGAGUUUGAUUCUCCUAAGAGAAAACAAGUUGCACAAAUGCUGGCAGAGCAGGGUGCAUCUUCUGAUUCAGAGGAGCUUGUUCCUGAUGUAGAUGACAUCAAUGGAGUGAUGUUUGUGUCAUUCAGCUCCAAACAGGCAAUUAGUGCUCACUCCUCUGUUGAGAGAGAAACACGUGAGAAAUUUGGGAAUGAGCUGGACAAAGUAUUGAUUGAACUUGGGCAAAACAAGUCGGGAAGAAUACAAAGAAUGGCCAAAGAUAGCCCUGAUUCUACUGAAGCAGCUGAGCUGUACGACAAAAUUGCAAUGUAUGAAAAACUGCUAAGAGCUGAGGUAAAGAGAAGCAAGUCUCGGGAGAUACUUCACCCAGAACUAAGCCGCAAACACAUCGGGUUAAGCCACAGCCCUACCUUAAACCUUAAGGAGCUGGGAGUUGACAUGGAAGUACUACAAAGUCCUCCCAGGGACAGUAGCCCAAGGUCUCCUGAACAUUGUGAUGGCAGUAAAGCAAGGGCUUCACCGCAAGGCUCCAUCUUGGCCUCUAUCCUCAUGGCACCAAAAGACAGAUCAAUGAUAGGGUCACCUCCUUGUGUGAGAUAUCCAGAACCUUCACCAGUCAGCCCACAGUUUGUGUCCAGAACAGGAAAGACGACAGACAUCACAAAGAUUAAAGGCUGGAAGUCAAAGCUUGCCAUCCUGUCUCCAACAAAGGUGUCUCAACCAACAAGCAGCAGUAACUUGGAUCAAACUUCCUCAGUCUCUUCUACAUAUACCAUGCCCUCAGUGGCCACGACAAAGUUCCAGUCCAUGACACAUAAACCCAAAAAAGCAAACCAGCAGGCUGCCAAAGGCAAAGUGACCAAGAAGAAGAAGGUCCCCACUGGGCUUUCAAGCAUUCCUGAAGGUAGCUCCAUCAAAGUGGUCAGCAAGGAAAUGGUGGAGAGUUGGAUGCAGUCUGGGAAGAAGCAAAGGAAAAAGAGAAAGAAGGCACUUGAAAACCAGGACCAAAGCUUUAAGCCAUAUGCUAGGUGGAGGCCCCCCAAAACACCCGACCACCCAAUGCCGCCUCUGAGGCAAUUCACGUCAAAUGUUGUGACAGCCACCAUGGCCCUGAAAGCAGUGAUGGCUGUGUGUACCAGUCCUCAGGACAUGAACAUGGAGGAAAAAGAAUCCCACCAUGCAAUGGUCCAGAAGCUGGAAAAUCCGCAAGAAGAAGACAAGGCUUACUUUGAAAGAGAUGAAGCAGCAGCAGUAGUAGUAGCAGAAGUAGAAGAAGCACCCUGCGGUAAGGUCUACUGUCAAUUGGGAUGCAUUUGUGACAGUUUGAGCUCUGGAUGGAGGUACUGCAAUGACAGGGAACACUGCAAUGAGCCAAGCUGCAUGUUGGAUGGCUGCAGAUGCGGGAAAUCAAGCCCUGAGUCCAGAAGGGUGUCUAUCUUGAAAGAUGACCACGAUGAUGCUACCUGCGAUGAAAAGAACCCACGAAGGAGACCAAGGCGAAGAGUGACUGCAAAGUCACUAUCAUUCUUCAACGCUAUGAAUUAUGAAUACUACCCCGAGUUAUCCACAUCCCCGCCAAAAAAGAAGAAGAGCCAGGAUGUUGAAAGUGACGAUGCACCGCCAAGGAAGAAGAAGAAGAGCCCAGAGUCUGUUGAAAGGACCCAGAGUAUUGUUCACGAGAAAAAGACAGGCAGGGCUUUUCAGCCAAGAGACAAGAAAACUGGCAAGUUCUUGAAGAAAGCCUUGCUGUCUCCACCAGAACUUGAACCUCCUCAGCCAGUUCAAAGAUUCAAACAAAUCAAAGCAAUGCCCUUGCUCAAGCCAUUUAAUAGUCAACAAACCACUUCAAAAUCUGACGUUCAUUUUGAAAGAACAGUUAGACCAGAACCUGUGGUAGAAUCUGAUGUCAACACAAGGUUCGCUUCACAUAGGUGGAUUGAAGAUGAUGAUCGUGACGAUGAUAUUACAAUGACAUGUGCAAGGGCAAGAGUGCAUAGAAGAACAGCCAAGACCAGACCCUGUUCCUGUGGCAUUAAACAUCACCACCACCACAAUAAAGCCGCAUCACCAGAAGCAAAGAAGUCACCAGGAGCAAAGAAGUCACCAGAAACUUUUAGAUCCAAAUCACCACAAGUUGGAAAGAAGGUAUUGCAAGGAACCAAGUCACCAAAGGCCAAUACUGAAAAUGUAUCAAAGUCAUCCCCCCCUCAGAGUUUAAGUGUUAAAGUUUUCAAGCCCAAAACCCAGCCACAAGCUGCAGCUGCCCAAGAUCAGCCUGACGUUUCAGGACAUGGGAAACUGUGGAUGGGCAGGACCAUGCAGAUUGGGCCUGGCAUCAUUGGGGCUCUGGCAACAGCUGGUAAUUCUUCAAAGCCACCAGAACAGAAUAGUCCUUCAAAGGCUGCUGUACUGAAGUUGGUUCCAGGUGCUAAUCCAAAUGCACCCAAAGUUUAUGUCCCUGUUUCUUCUACGUUAGAAAAAGUAGAAAGAGGAGCAGAUUCAACACCAACGGUGACACAACCCAAGCCAGCAGUACCACAAGGAAAUCCGUCUGUUGGUCAACAGUCUGCCUCUCCACAUACAUCAUCACAAGGCAGCACUCCAACAGCUACAGCAACUGCUGUUACUGUUGCAUCAAGCACAAAGACAAAACCAGGACAUCUCAGCAAGAUCCCUGUGGUCACUGUUCCACAGGCAGCACUCCAACAGCUACAGUAUCCACAGAGUCAACUUAUUCUCAUUGAACAGAAAACAACAAACCCUUCCUCUGGUCCCGGAAAACAGUCACAGCAGAUUGUACAUUCUCCAAAACUUGUUGAAAUUAUUUCCACUUGCAACUGGGACAGCGCCAGGAAUUUGAUUCUUAAGAUGAUAGCUCAACAAAGCCAGAGUCUCAGUUUGCCUCGUAUUUUCCAAGUUGCUGACUUCUUUAUCGAGGUAAUGGGGCCAAGUCAGGAGAGAAGGAUCUACAACCUCCCAGCAAACCUGCUGCAGACGUUGCCUCCAAGAAUACAGAGUGCAAGAGUGAAGAUCUGGAAGCAACUCCCUUUGAAGACUGCAGCUGGUAAGCCUGCAGUUAUAGUCCCACUUCCAACAUCCAAGGCUCAAGUGAAACCAACUUCCAAUCCACAUGUUGAAAUCCAAGCUGUCCCAAGUAUGGCUAAGAGUUCUGGGGAAGGCCAGAAGACCAAUGUUGUACAAAAGAAAGCACCCACAGCUCCAAGCAUACAAGUGAAAUUGACUGCUGAACAGGCAAAACAAAAACUCAAUGGGUCGACAGCAGUGAAUACAGAGGAAAAGACAAGCACCUCACACGGAAUCGCCUCUGAUGUACCUUCACAUGGGAAUUUGUCUGCUGUUGGUGAUGGUUUGUUGACAAGUCUGACGUCAGACAAUAACAGUCCACCCUCGGUACCUGAAGAAUCUAGAACUUCCACACACAGAAACCAUGAAUUCGAAGAACAUUCAGGACCAGUUGAAGAUGGGGUGGCUGUAUCUUGUGCUGAAAGUUUGGCUAGUAUCUCCAAUACAACAGUGUCUUCUGAAACUACAAUUGGUGAUACCCUUGCAUCCUCAAAAGAACAAGGAUCACCAUCAUAUGAUAACGAAAUACCAGCCAGGUCUUCAGAUGAUCCUCUGAUACAAGAGAAAUCAUCAGGAGAAAAAGAUGAGCCUAAAUCUUCAACACAUGAAGAGAUGGAAAGAGGAAUGGAGGAAAGUAAAGCCAGAGAAGGAGCAAAUGAAUGUGAAAGGCAGGAUAGAGUACAGUCAUCAGGUAAUGAUCUCCCAGAUGAUACUCCAACAUCAACAAAGGCAGUAACAACAACUACAGUUGCAAACCACGGUGAAGAAACAGCGGUAAAGACAGCAGUUGAAGCAGUGCUGUCCACUAAACAAGUGACUGGAACAAGCCAAGCUGUAUCACCUAAUACUGAACCUCAUAUUCCCAGUGAUGAUGCAAGUGCUAAGGAUAAAGAUAAUCUGGCUUCUUCAUUGGUUGAUGUUGAGGAACAACCAAAGGAAAACCCUCCAUCACCCUCCACAGAAGUAAUUGGGAAGGACAACAGAUGCACUGGCAAAGAUGAGGACAUGGACUCGGAACAAAAGCAACCAAUUGAAGAGGAAGCUACUUUGGCAGCCACAAAAGAAGUAGUUACUGAACAUGAUAAGGAUAAUCUUUCUUCAAAAUCAUCAGUGUCCAAACCUGAUGGUUCUGUUGAUGCUCCUGAAAAUGAUGCUGAAGAAGGACAUGUCUUAUCAGAGAAAUCUGACGGUGAUGCAACUUCACAAAAGCAAUCCUCAAGUCAGGUAGAAAUGAAAUCUUUGGAGCCGUCAGAAAAUGUUGUGUCUGAUCCAGCUGCAAAUGCUGCUGAUGUUGCUAGAGGGACUGAGGCAGGUGAAGCAAUUGUCUCAGAAACAAGCAAAGAGAACAGUUGUGAUAGUACAGCACAAGAUAAGUCAUCCCGUAUCCAGGAGAAAGAGGUGACAGAAAAUGUGUCUGUAGAUUCUGGUAAGGAAGAACAGGAAUCUGCCAGCCAGGCAGGUGGUAACAAAGAUGCAGACAGUGCAGUGGACAAUGACUUGGACCAUUCCCCAAGUACAUCCAUAACUGAACAAGUGGAUAGUUCUCAACAACAAGAGAACCAGCCAUCUAAGGUUUCAACAUCAGGUACAUUUAUUCCUGAAAACCCACUGGACAGUCUAAUCACCAGAGUUGCUGCCUCUAUAGCAUCAGCAGAAAAGGCAAGCAAUGUUGAUCCUGCCAAAAGAGUGACCUCAACUGGUACUUUUGUUCCUGAAAAUCCUCUUCUGGAAGAUGAUGAGGCAGAGUCAUCUGAAGAAAGUGAAGAUAGCACCUCAUCCAGUGACAGUUCGUCCAGUGAUGAAGAGGAGUCCACUCAAACUGCAGAUGAGUCCACUGAAGAACAGUGCAAGGAUCCUGUAGAGUCACCAUCAGGAGAGGAAUCCAAGGAAGUGUCAGAGCAGCAGGCAGCUGAUGAUACUGCUGAUGAUGACAAGGAAAAUGCUGAUGAUGACAAGGCAGCAGAUCCUUCAGAUGAUGGAAUAAAAGAAAUGGAUCCAAAGGAAGGUAGCAAGGAGAGUGAGGAACCUUUGGGUGUCACUCAGGCUGCUGAAAAGCAUGAAACGGUUGAGAAAACUGAAUCCCCUAAGAAGAUUGCCACAUCGGGGAUUUUUGUGCCAACGGUUGCCACUGAUGAGCAAAAUCAAUGGCUGGAAAACCAAGCUACCCACACGAGCACAGACCAACACCAUGAGACCAGGCAACAAGAGAAAAACAAAGAAGGUAAAGAAGCUAUGUCAAAGGAUCAGACUCAGAAGACAAAUGAUAACAUUGGGCAGGAAGUAGUUUCCCUUGUCAGCUCAGAAGAAGACAAUGUGGACGUGGUGGAUGUUGAUGGGCUCCAAGCUCCUUCUGUGGUACAAAAACAGAAAACAGAUGCUGAUCUUGUUGACAUUGUCGCCAAUGAUGAUGAUGAUGACGACACCCCUGCAUCGGUCAAACUUCGGUUGAGCAUAGCCGCGAGUGGGGAGGUGAUCAAUCCGCAGUGUUCUGUGCACAGUCUGAAGGUGAAGAAAAGGAGAAAGUCGGUCAUGGAAGAAUUUGAACCAGAUGAUGUGGAGUUCAUUGAGAAAGGAAGAGAGGAACUGAUGGCAGAAGCAGCAGAAGCAAAAAAGACUCUGUUGGACAGAAGGCUUGGAGUCAGCCGACUGCUACAUAUCUCCAACGAGAGGAGAAGGAGAAAAGAGAUCAGGGAUCUGUUCGGUAACUUGAAAGCCCUGCUGGGGAUCCCAAGGGAAGACGACAGAGUGCCAAAUAUCCAUGUCCUCACAAAGAGCAAAGAAAUAAUUGACCAGUUGAAGAGGGAAGAAAGCCAGUUGAUGGAAGCCAAACAAAAUCUGUUUGCUCAGCGGAAUAAGCUCAUCAAGAGAAUAGCAAACAGCCCACAGUCAGGUGGCUGUGUGAAGAUGAGUGCUGAUGGGAUACAGAUCACCCCAGGAGGCGGUUCCCAGGCUGCCACUGUCACCAACGUGCCCAUUGUCCAGUUGGCCGGCCACGCUCCACCACGGGGACAGCCUAUCUUCCUGGAGAACUGUGACUUCCUACCUGCAGGAGGUGUCAUCGCAGUACCCAUCCAGGGUGCCUCGAGUCCUGCAGUAGCCACUCAGGACGUGGCAACUCCCGUCACAACCACAGGGCAAGUUCACCUGACAAGUACAAAGGCCCCUCCAGAGCUGGUGCCGGUAACGCUGAGUGCCAUUGGAAAAAAUGAUGUGUCUAAACUAAUCAAAGUGGUGUCCAUUGCUUCAUCUCCAUCCCCUGUACCAAGUGGUAGUUCAGAGGUGGCCCCUCAUAAGGAAGCAGCAAUGGCGACCACAACAGCAAUAACAGGCAGUGAAACAAAAGUUUCCACAACUUCUAACUCAUCCUUAAAACUUGUUCCAGUUACUAGCACCAAAGGGCAAUUUAUGAGGUUCAGUAUUGUUGACAACAAAACUAGCAUAGCUACACCUGUAGGGAUGGUGUCUUCAGCAAAAUCUACUACCCCAACUACAUCUGGCUCCUCAUCGGAGACAAAGCCUGUCCCAACGAUCCAAGUGAUAAAAUGUUCAAGGGUAGUCACCCUUCCAGUGGGCACAGUACUCAGCAGCAAAGUCCAAGUAGCUCAUCCAGGUACAUCCAAACUGGCCCCAGCUCCUGUUAAACUCGCCCCAGGCCCGGUCAAAAUUGCCCCAGCCCCAGUCAAACUUGCCCCACCUCCUCAGGGUGUUGUGGCCCCAGUAAAAGAUGUUUCCCCAUGGAUGACAUUACACAUGGAGCAAGAUGAACAAUCAGGUUUUCUUACGGCAAAAAUGAAGCUGAAAGGGGCUGGGGUGCCUCGAACAAGAACAAUUUCAAACAUAUUUCAAAGUCUUGCCUCACACAGUGUGAGUCCAACAGAACAGUUGAAGGGAGCAAAAGCUGGAGUCGUACCAGCAUAUAAAAAUCCCAAUACUGAACUGAACACUAGUGGUAAAGUCUCACCAACAACAGCACUAGAGAAAACAGACAAAGAUGUGGGUACAGGUGAAACAGUAGAGCAUGAGGAUUCAUCCAACAGUGGUGCAUCAAAAGCUACUGAAGCAGACACAUCCCAAACUGCUGAAGUAGGAGAAAAGGACAGCUCAGUACUUGGUGGUGAGUCUGAACAGUCCAUGGAUAUUCAGUCUGCUGCCACAGAGGACCCAUCAGAACAACAGGAAGCCACCACUGCUUAAGGAAAAGCAUGGAUUUAUUGAUAAGGGGUUGGCUGCUGUUGCUCAGAAUUUUGGGACCAGGAGAAGUUCCAAAACAUUGGCAUCAUCUUGAUGGCAUACAUCCUACAAUGUGGACAGUAAAAAAUGCUUGAUACAACAACGAUGUGCACCCUCCUUUUCAGCAUACAUGCACUUACUUUUGACAAAAGGUUGC